AUGUGCAGCGCGGUGCGCAAUUAUUGCUCCGCCGCACAUCCCGCGCACCUUGUGAAUGUGGCGUCUCUGAACUUCCUCGCGGUUUUCGCGGCGCUCCCUCCGGAUGGUUAUUACGAAAUCAACGAGCCCGGCGGUCUCGAGGAAGCAUACGACGCGCGCGCGCUCUUCGAGGCCGACAGCGAAGCUGCAGUUGACUCCGUUGACUGGGUUGAAUCCGAUAACUCGGAGGAUCCGCGAAUUCUGGCGGAUGUGGCGGCGGACUUGAAGCAGCCAUCCGCCGAGUCGGACGGCGCCAGUGGUCGCGCGAAGAAAUCGACGCGCGACGGGCAGGCGGGGACAAACGCGCGCGCGCCAGUGGACUUCGCGGCUUCACCCAAUGGCAAGGCCAUCGCCGCGCGGCCCAAGAAGGGGAAGCAGGGGAAGAGGAAGCACUGCGUGCGGCGUAGGAGAGGCAGGUGCGUCAGGUGGGCAGCGACGAAGCAUCGUCGUACCAGAACGACCAAGAAGACAACCGGCGACCUGAAAACUGCUGACAGGGCAUCCGCGAAGCCGAAGGGCGCUGAGAGUGGCGUGCCGGCGGUUGGGAAGCAGGAGACGGCACCCGUCAGCACCUUUGAGUCGACUCAAAAGAAGGGGGCGGCACCCGUCAGCACUUCGGGCGACGACAGCAACUCGGGCGCAGCCCCCCAGCCGCGCGCGCUUCUCGAGGCCGACACCGAUGCCUCCGUUGAAUCCGUUGACUCCGUUGACUUCGAGGACCCGCGGGUGCUCCGUGAUGUGGCGGCGGACUUGAAGCGGUCGUCGGAUGAUUUCAGCGGCGCCGUGAAGAACUCGCUCGGGCAGGCGGGGAGGAACGCGCGCAACUCGUUCGACAAAACGUUCCACACUAGGCAUUUCGCGCCUAAGAGGAAGCCGCAGCGCGGGGGGAAACCCGGGAAGAAGCCGGGGAAGGGCAACGCGGGAUCUGGACCCAAGGGGCUUGGCCUUGAUCUGAAGGCCAGCGUGGGAUUGGGCUUUAAGAUCCGUGCCCCUGGGAAGAAGUUAGUGAAGGGUAAUGGCGCGCGCUCGCCUGUCCCCAAGCCGCCUGUUCCCACUGCUGGCACGCCGGGUGUUUCAACGAAGCUGGAGGGAGUGAAAGAGAACUUAGGCGCAGCAACCAAGCUGCCCACCGCUCCCGCCGCUGCUGGCACGCCAGGUGUUCCGCCGAAGCUGGAGGGAGCGAAAGACAACUCCGGCGGCGCAGCCACCCAGCCACGGGUUCUGACCGAGGACGGUGAUGAUGUGGAGAACAGCGCUGACUGGGUUGACUCCGUUGACUCUACCGUUGACUCAGUUGACUCGGUUGACUCAGAGAACGCGCGGGAGCUCCGUACGGUUGCGGAUGUGGCGGCGGACGUGAAGCAGUCGUCGGACGACUUGAGCGGCGCCGUGAAGAACUCUGUAGAGCGGAUGGGGACGAAUUUGCGCAAUUCGUUCGAAAGGAUGACCCGACCUGGCAGGUUCGAUGGGGUGAGGACCAAGCCGCUCACCAAGCCUGGUGUGCUGCCUUUCACGAAGCCGGUUACCAAGCCUGGUGUGCUGCCUUUCACGAAGCCGGUUACCAAGCCUGGUGUGCUGCCUUUCACGAAGCCGGUUACCAAGCCUGGUGUGCUGCCUUUCACGAAGCCGGUUACCAAGCCUGGUGUGCUGCCUUUCACGAAGCCGGUUACCAAGCCUGGUGUGCUGCCUUUCACGAAGCCAGUCACCAAGUCUGGUGUGCAGCCGAGGACCAAGCCGGUGACCAAGCCGAGACCCAAGCCAAUCACCAAGUCGGCGAUGUGA